AUGAGCGGAUAUUUUGAGCGGAUCGCACCCGUCGAGGAAUCUCAUCAUCAUCCUGCUGUGGGUAACAUGCCGAUGUUAAGCCAGCAACCUCAACGCUUGCCCAAGACAAGAUCACGGAUCAGCGCCGCUUGUGUCCGAUGCCAGAAACGGAAGAUCCGGUGUGACGCAGCGCUACCUGCCUGCAGCGCUUGUAAAAAAGCAGGUGCAAAUUGUGUGGGCGGAGGAAAAUUGCGCGAGAUCCCGCACAGCUACGUCAACCGCCUAGAGGCGAGGCUUCAAUGGUUAGAGUCGAUCGUCCGUAAAAACCUUCCAAGCAUUGAUCUGAAUCGCGAACCGACCGAUCAAUCCGAUGAUCUAAUGAAUUAUGGACCCCACGAUCUCGAAGCAACCGCUUCUCAGGACAGUGGAACACACAAGAACUCCCCUCAGGAUGAUGACUCACUCCUUGAAAUCACCGAGCAGGUUGGACUGGUCUCGGUGUCUACGGGAGCGGAUUUACGAUACCUAGGUCCCUCCAGCGGACUGUUCUUCACUAGAUUUGUCUUGACAGGAGUUGGACGAAGAAUACAAGCUAAAGAGUUGUCGCCAUCGGAUUCCAUGCACGGCGUCCCCUUGAUACCUAUAGACCUACUCGAAGUUCAACCCAGCGAGUUGCCUUCGGCACAGAAGCACGCAAUAUGGCUAUCAGAGUCAUAUUUUGAGACCGUUCACCUACAAUAUCCCUUCCUUCACGAAGCAACUCACCUGGAAACCAUUCGGAGAAUGUACGAUGAUAUUGAAGUCGGACCAGCGGCCGAAUUUCAGGUUUUUAUGGUUCUCGCUAUCGCUGCUACGAUCCUCUCCCGUCAAGCAAAGGUGCAGCUAUCUGCGGAAGGCUAUUGUGCUUCCGCAAUGAGUCGAAUCGAUGGCAUUUUCCAGAAAGCAUCUCUCACAGGGGUUCAAUGCAUUUUACUUCUGCAGAUGUAUACCCUCUACAACGCAUCUUCUGGCUUGAGCUUGUGGACUCUUCAUUACCAUUGUCUUGCGUGGCUGAUCGAGCUUGGUCUGCAGCGUAGUAUACAAGUGAGCGGGCUUUCACAUCUUGAGCAAGAGAUGCGAACCAGAGUCUUCUGGUGUACGUACAUCAUGGACCGUGUUCUGUGCACUCUCAUGGGAAGACCACUCGGAAUCAUGGAUGAGCAAUGCGAUCUAAGAUUCCCACUAGAUGUUAAUGACGAUGAUCUUGGGUCGAACCGACAAACAUCGGGGCAAACAAAUGAAUCUCUUACGAAGAUGUCCUCCGCAAUCCAUCUCUGCAAGCUAGCGACAUUAAACUCCGAGAUCAAGUGCGUCUUGUAUUGUGUGGAUCGAGUAUACCCGCCUUACACAACACCAGCGGUUACCGAUCUUGUAAAAUGGAAAGAGAACAUGCUCGGCCGACUCCAUCAGUGGAAGGAGGACAUUCCACAACAUCCACAAGGCAACCCACGAUACGGCACUAACCUCAUAUGUGAGAUAAAGUACCACGAGCUCGUUAUGCUCCUUUGCCGACCGAACCCUCGUUUGCAGCACCCCUCGAAAAUGUCUCUUCGGGAAUGCUUUUCCAGUGCCAUAGAAUGCAGCACUCUCUACCAUAAGCUUUAUGCAACAAGUACACUACAAUACAGCUGGCUCAGCAUCAAUUCCCUGUUCUUGUGUGUAAUCAUCAUGUUUUACUGUGUCUGGGCACCGAACGGCGUUGCCGAUGAGGUGGAUUUCGAGACUUUAGCGCGAGCGCUGAGAUUCACCUCUGACGUUCUUAGUGUUACCGGGGAAUACUGGCCAGCGGCGAAGAGAAGCCGCGACGUACUGGAUCGCGUCUCAACGGCGACACUGCGACGCUUCACUCAGAAAAACAAAGAAAAUGCCCAGACUGACAGAGGAUCGUCAGGAGCACAAAUUGCGGUUAACAGCUCGUCGACUUCGGACCUAGGACAGAUAGUGGAUAUGUUUGAUGCGAAUACAGUCUCCGACACCUUACCGGGGCUCCAAAACGGGAACGGAGGCACUGGGAACAGUACCUUUCCUCCCUUCUACACCGAGCAAGCCGACGCUUUGAUGAGCACUGAUAUACUGUCAUACUUCAUGGGUUCUCAGGGAAAUAUGAACAUCAACAAUUUCGAGACAUUCGGGGACUACCAACCAGACAUGAACGGGGUCAUGCAGAAUUUCUUCGAGGAUGGCUUCCGUGAUUUUGAUCACGGCCUGCAGGAUCACGGAUAA